CCCACUCAAGAAGCGGGUAAAGUGGAACGUCUGUCGACAAAAUAAGAGUAUAUGCCUGGUUGUUGCUUUUCUACGAAUCCAAAUUAUAAUGCUGGUAUUUAAUUUCAAUUGGAAUCGGGGAGCACUUAGGAAAACCAGAAAAUAAAGGACCGCGAGAUAUAUAUAGUUAGUAGUUGUGGACAAAGUGUGGGAGAGCAUUUAGUAAGAAGAUUGUUAGCAUGCUGCAAAGUUUGUAUACAAAAUUACUGAAAUAGAUUUUACCCCACCUACAUCGCUUCUAAUAGUCUAUAUUGAACUGAACAAUAUAUAUAUAUAUCGAGCAAAACUAAUCUCUUCAUUACUGCAAUUGCAAGAUUUUCAUCAUUGGUCAAUUCAAUGCAUCUGUCAUUGUGACGUUACUAUCGUUAAAUAUUUGUAAUAUUUCACACAAUAUAGUAUUGAGAAGUUUCAAAGAAUACUCGUAAAAUAGCUACUCGAUAAAUCUACGAUGUCGAGAAAUUCAGCACGCAGAAAUCCAACUGAUCAAAAUGUAACGGUAUUGAAAAACAGAAUCAAAGAUUUAGAAGGAGAAGUCGGAACUCUAAAAGCUCGUUUGGAUGAACUUCGAAAAGCGAAAAAUAAUACUAUUUUGAAACGAGAAAGAGAAGUCAUACAUGUGGGAGAACCGACUCUAGGAAGGCCUGCAGGAGUUGAAACGUCUAAAUAUAAAGAGCUGGAGAAGAAAUUAUCAGAUUCUGAAGCAAGAUAUGCUGCUUUAAAAAAAGAACUGUCCGAUUUUAAAGAGGAAUUAAAAAAUAAAGAUUUAGCAAAACAUAAAACAGAAGAACAGAGCGAAAUGUGGAAGAAAAAAUAUCAAGAGCUAGAAGCUGAUGUGAAUAGUCUUCAGAUGAAUCAUGAAAUUGAACUGGGGAAAUGCAAAGCCAAAGUUCGAGAGAAGACAGCAGAGGCUGAAGAUUUAUCAACCGAACUUGAAAGACUUCGCGAACGAUUAGAAAUAAAAGCAAUGCAAGAAGAACACAAAGGCAGGGAAAAUACAGAUCGAGAAGGGCAUAUUACAAAAUUGACAAACGAAAACGCAUUUCUUCGUGAAAAGAUUGAAACUUUAUACCUGGAGUUAAGUGUUAAAGAAGCGCAAUGGACGGAAAGAGAAGAAAAAUACAAAGUAGAAAUAAAAAAGGAAUGGGGAGAAAAGUACGGAGUUUGGAUGGCUGCCACUGAAAAACGACUCAAAGAACUACACGAGGCAAAUGAAAUGUUAAAAAGUUGUUUGUAUAAAGGGGAAAGAAAACAUAAAGAUAAUCUGAAAGGAUUUGAUGAAGAUGAUGAAAAAGAUGGCGAAAGUGGAAGUUCGUCUGCAACAUGACAUUUAACCCCGCGACACUCAUAAACAUAAUAAUAUAUUUAUGGUAUAGCGGUGUUGGUCAAAUUUUCCCGUAUAUAUAUGAUUGUUGUAAUGUUACGAAAGUCAACAUAAAACCUCUCAGUUUCAAAUAUAUAUGAUAUAUACGGUAACUUCAUUUGCUUCUCAGGAACAUAUUUCUUUGUCAAGUCAAGCGCCAGUCAUUAUAUUUUAGCAUGAAAUCUGAAAGACAUCAAAUAUAAAUAUUACCACCUGAGUCAGUCGUAGACUAUUGAUAUAUCGUAAGGAACAAAACAUUAUUCUCAGUUCGGCGUUUCGGAGUGGGUCUACACACGGUGGUACAAAGUAAAUAUCGUUGUAGAGAAUUUAUUAUUUGAUGGACAAUUUUAUUUGUCGAUAAAGGAAAUUUAUUGUUUCGACUAAGCUCGAUUGGUAUCCUUUUUGGUUUGUGUGGUUUAAGCAAAAUGAAUAUUGUAUGUUUCAAUAGAACACUAGUACUAUGAACAAAGUUAGACAGCCUUACUCAAUGCAUCAUUAUCUUCAAGCAAUGUUUUCGUUUUACUUUUUUAUCUCGUUGCCAUAAUCUUAAUAAAUUUCUCUUUUCUCAUGUGAUCAUGGUUUACUCUGUCACCGUUGUAGGUCAUGUCGCGCUCUCCGUGUCCGGGUUUAGGUUUGUAUUGGCAUGACCUGGUUCUGUGUUCCAACAUAUGUCAUAAAUAUAA